AUGUCGGCGUGCAACUGCCCAAUGGGGCCACCGGUGGGUCCAACGUUAGCCUCGACUUGCGGGGGUUCCGCAUUUAUGCUCUUCAUGGGAUUGUUAGAAGUCUUCCUCAGAUCACAAUGUGAUUUGGAAGACCCGUGCGGAAAACCAAAGGACAGAUUGUAUCCUGAUCCUGAAUACGACUUUAUAGUAGUCGGAUCAGGCACUGGAGGAUCAGUAGUCGCUUCCAGAUUAUCAGAAGUUCCGCAUUUCAAAGUUUUAUUGAUAGAAGCAGGUGGCGAUGAACCAACCGGAGCACAAGUACCAUCUAUGUUUUUAAAUUUCAUCGGCUCGGAAAUUGACUACGGUUUCCUGACUGAACCAGAACCUAGAGCCUGUUUGAACCAGGAUGGACAAAGGUGUUAUUGGCCGAGAGGAAAGGUCCUGGGUGGUACAUCAGUCUUCAAUGGCAUGAUGUAUAUGAGAGGAUCAAAACAGGAUUAUGAUAAUUGGGCACAAGCUGGAAAUCCGGGUUGGUCCUUUGAUGAAAUCCUUCCAUAUUUUAUCAAAUCAGAAGAUAAUAAACAGCCAGAGCAAAUGGAUCCAGGAUAUCAUGGCGUUGGAGGCCCACUUUCAGUUUCUCACUUUCCUUACCAUCCACCACUCUCUCUAGCUAUCUUAAAGGCUGCGCAAGAAAUGGGUUAUGUAGCUCGUGAUUUGAAUGGUGAAAUCCACGAAGGAUUCAUGAUCGCCCAAUCAACAUCAAGAAAUGGAAGCAGAAUGAGUGCAGGACGCGCCUUCCUGCGUCCAGCAAAGGACAGACCAAAUCUACACAUCAUGCUCAACACCACUGUCAGCAGAGUGUUGGUACACCCUAGAAGCAAAAUCGCUUAUGGAGUUGAAUUUAUAGAUCCACAGGGUUACAGACGCCAAGUGUUAACUCGCAAAGAAGUAAUUGUCUGCGGAGGUGCCGUCAGUUCUCCUCAUAUUCUACUUCUAAGUGGUAUAGGUCCAGCUGGUCACCUUCAUUCUGUAGGUGUUCCAGUCACAGUAGAUUUGCCAGGUGUAGGUGAAAAUCUGCACAACCAUGUCACCUAUUUCACAAAAUACUUCAUCAAUGACACCGAUAGUGCUCCUUUGAAUUGGGCAACUGCCAUGGAGUAUCUCUUGUUUAGAGAUGGAUUGAUGUCUGGAACUGGUAUAUCCGAAGUAACUGGUAUGAUCAAAACAAAAUUCGCAAACCAUUCAAUUGAUCAUCCUGAUGUCCAAAUGUACUUUGCUGGUUUCUUGGCCGAUUGUGCAAAAACUGGUCAAGUUGGUGAAAAAUUAAGUGAUGGUAGAAGGACUGUAAAUAUAUUCCCUUCAGUUUUACAUCCAGAAAGUAGAGGACGAGUGAGACUUGGAUCCCCAGAUCCUAAAGCUCCUCCAAAGAUUUUUGCAAACUACUUUGCCGUAGAGAAAGAUCUUAAGACGCUUAUAGAAGGAAUCAAAUUUGGUCACAGAAUGACCCAAACCGAUGCCCUGAGACCUUACGGUUUCCAAAUCGACGAGACACCUGUGAAGGGUUGCGAAAAAUUGCCUUUUGGGUGCGAUGAAUAUUGGGAGUGCGCCGUCAUGAGAAACACAGGACCCGAGAACCAUCAAGCAGGUUCUUGCAAAAUGGGUCCCGCUUCGGACCCCUUAGCGGUCGUCGACCACGAAUUAAAGGUUCACGGAGUACGAGGACUGAGGGUUGCCGACGCCAGCAUAAUGCCAAGUGUUACAUCAGGCAACACGAACGCUCCAGUUUUCAUGAUCGGUGAAAAAGCUGCGCACAUGAUACGUUUGGAAUGGGGAGGAAUGUAA